GAUAUGAAUCAUGGUCAAGUUAAAAGUGUCUUUACGUAUAGUAUUAUUGUGCCAUUCAGACGGAUGUAUUAUGCACUGACUACAAACGCAUUCAGACUCUGCAAGGAAAAACAUUUACCAGCAUUUGUACGUACAGACGUUAUGAUUCUUCCAGUUCAAUAACUUCGAAUUAAGUGACCUUUAAGCAGCAUGUGCAUUGUCAUGUAUAAUGAGAUUCUGACUUUCGUUCAUCUGGUCAGAUUGUUGUCCCUGGUGAGUUUGAACAGCCUACAUGUUUUCUAAAUGCAAAACCACAAAUUUUCACUUCCUAAUAAAACUUCACUUAAGCCACCAUAAACAAUGACGUGUGGAAUUAAAGGGAAACGCUAAAACAGCAAACAGUUCACUGCAGAACAACGAUUGAGGGCGAUGGGUUAGACGAGGUUAUGCAACAAGUGAACGCCGCCCUAUCCAGUGUGGUUUUCGCGACUCGAGUGUCUUGAAAAACGGUUAUUCGGAUAGUCUGUGGUGAUAUUUCAGUAAAUUGACCCAAUUCAAUAAACUUGUGUGAACAGAGGAGGAAAAACUCCGCCUGAAUUUAGGCAGUGUAAAUGUCUUAUCCCAUGUAUCGGAUAUGGCUUCUGCUUCCCCUGGGAGGAUUCCUGUUGCCAGGGGCGCGCCAUGUCAGUGCAAUAGAGAUUUACACUCCACGUGAGGUGGAGGCGGUCAACGGGACAGAUGUGAAACUGAAGUGCACUUUCAGUUCCACUCAUCCAGUGUCGCUUCAGUCCGUCAUAGUGUCCUGGAACUUCCGCCCUAUUGAUUCAGGAGCUGAUGAGUCGGUGUUUUACUACCAAGAGGUGCCAUUCCCUCCUUCAGCAGGGCGUUUUCAAGGCCAUGCAGUGUGGUCAGGAGAUAUUAUGAAACAGGACAGUUCCAUCACUCUGCAGCAGGUGCAGCCAAACUUUAAUGGUACCUACGUCUGCCAGGUGCGCAACCGACCAGAUGUGCAUGGCAGCAAUGGAGAGAUCAUCCUCAGAGUUGUCAACAAAGUUUCUCUCUCUGAGAUUGGCAUCCUGGCUGCCACAGUUGGAGGGGCCUGUGGUGUAGUCCUGAUCCUCCUUGCUAUAUUUGUGGCAGUGAGGGUGUGCAAAAGAAAGCGAAUGGAAAACAGCAUAGAGAUGCAUCCAUCGAAAGGGUUGAAGGACCACAAUGUGCUGUGAGGGCCAGAGAGCAGGAGUUCUGUUGCUUCUGUGGACUUGUAUGGAGUCUGAAUGACUGUGGUCCAGUCUGCUGGAAGAGACAAAUGGAAGUUGAGGGUGAGAAGGCAUCUUCUUUUUACAUUUGCUCCACCAGUGUGAACCUCUCAGCUAUUAUUGUAGUUCAGUUGCUUCAGUAUUAGAGAUAUACAGUACAAUGCUGCCAAAUUGUUAUUCACUUUUAUGUUUUUUUUACCAAAAAUUGCUGUUGAUUGCAUUAACUGAAUUUUAUCAGUUUUUAAAUAGUAGAUGAUGAGAUGUAAAUAUGAUUUGUUUUUCUAAGUGUGGAUCAUUAACCUCUGUUCACAACAGCAGUGCUGACUGCACCAACUCAGCUGCUGUUCAUUAUUCUCUCUUGAUUUCAUCAUAUAACUAUAAUGUGAGCAAUUAAAUGUUUUUAAGGAAUUAUUUUUAAAUUGUUUGUUAUUCUGUUGUGUUUUAUAGAAUUGUAUUCAGACUGAAUCAUCAUCAGUUGAAUCAAUGUUUUUAUCCCUAGAGUACAGUAGCACUUCAUAUGUGAUACUGCUGCACUUAGUAGAGUCAGAUUCUCUCUAUUU